AACACAGUCUGUUGCAGACGACACUUACGGGACAGUCGUGCUAUCUAUCGUUGACCGACUCAACUAUAAGUGCCCAGUUAGUGAUUUGAUGCUAUUUUUUGGCGGCACGCAUCUGUAGGAGAAGUCAAGCUUCCUUACUGUACCUUCCUUGUUCCAAGUGUUACUUCAACUAGAGUGAAAAAUUGCAACAGCUAGAAACGCCGAAGUAAGAUCCCGUUUCAAAGAAGAAAUCCUGAAUAAUAUGGUAUAAUUCAUCUCCUUAUUAGUGAAUAAACCAAUAAUGUUACGGAAAAUAGCGGCAAGAACCAUCCAGGUGGUAGGAGCAGACGCCAGGAGGCUUAAAACGCUUGAAGUGAAGGUAAAUUACUCUCACCGGGAUAUGUGGGUGAAUAUUCCAACUUUAACCUCGGGGAGGCAUCUUCAUCUUGACGUAAUGAAGCUUAAAUCUCAAGAUCGUAAGGAAAUGCUAGCUUCAAUGCCCCAGAAGGACGAAGGAACGGAAGGUGAAGUUUUAUACCAUCAUUUAAAGCAGUACGAUGGCAUGUUCCCAGAUGAAAAUACCCCAGACUUGUUGUUCGAUGGUGUGCGGUUUGCUGACCUUCCAAUAUUACAUGCAAGAUUUUCCAAAAAUAAUACUCUACUGACUCUCACAGAUGCUCAAGGUGUGGUUAAGAUGUAUCGAUCAUGUGGAUUGGAAGGCUUCAAAAACACAAGAAAAGGCACAAACAUCGCAGCACAGGCAACGGCCAUAAGUUUAGCUACAAGAGCGCUUGACCGAGGCUUGAAGAAUGUCAGGGUGAAGGUGGCUGGCUUAGGGCCUGGACGCAUGGUGAGUGUAAAUUUAUUUUCUUGUUGAGGAAAAACUUUAACCUGGAAUGCA